AUGGCGGCUUGCGAGCUUGACGUGCUGGGUGUGGGGCCACAGCGACCAUCCGUAGACCCUGACGAGGAGCCUUACACGUGCGUGCCUCUCGAACUUCACCCCGUGUUUGUGCCGUUCGGCCCUCCGCCCAAACCCGAGGGGGCCUGGAGCUUCACGUGCCUGCGCGAGCGUGUGCACCUGGGGGUGGCCCCUGGGCUGGGCCUGUCCUCCCGGGAUGACCCCUGCCUCCUGGGGCGGUGCCCUGGCCUCCCUCGGGGCGAUGCCAGCACCAAUGUCUGUGCCUCCUUCCAGGGCUUGAUGCUCGGGCUCUGGAGAACCUCCAACAGCGUGCUUCUCGACCUCACUCUGGCCGUCGGCCUCGGAGGGCUGGUGGGGGGCAGGCUUGUCCUCUGGCACCUCGGCUUCCGCGUCAGGAAGGGCCCCCUCUCCGUCUACGUCCUCCGCCCGGCCGCCGCGGACAGCCUGUUCCUCUGCUGCCAGCUGGGCUUCUCCACCGUCCAGGCCGCCCUGGGCUCCCGGGACAACCUGUCCUUCGCGGGCUUCUCCGUGGGGCUGGGGCUGCUGGCGGCCUCGGCACCGAGUAGGUGCCUGUCCCACGUCUUCCCCACCUGCUGCCCCGGCUGCAGGCCCAGACACACCUCGGGCAUCGUCUGCGGCCUCGUCUGGGCCCUGAGCCCGCCGGCCAUGCUGCGGCCCGCCAACGCCUGCAGCCCGCUGGCCCGCACCAGACCCCUGACCUGCGCGCGGUACCACGCGGCCAGCGUCGCGUGGCUGCUGUCCCCGGCCUGCGUGGGGAGCCCGGCGCCCUUCCUCUGGGUGAACUGCUGCUCCCAGCACCCGCGGCCCAAGCUGUGGGGCUUCGCUCAGGGCUCCGGGCUCUUCUUUUGCGGCCUCCCGCUGGUCUUCUGGAGCCUGUGGCCCCUCCUCAACCUCCUGCGGCCCCUGUUCGGCCCGCUGGCCACCCUCCGCCACACCAAGCCCUUCAUCUGCUUCACCGCAGGCCAGCAGCCGGGCAAACGCCAGCCGCUGUGCGUGGUUCUGCAGAGGUCCCUGAGGGAGGAGGCCGCGCGGGGGGCCAGGGGCCAGUCUCUGCCUCAAUAUAGGGCCUCAAUAUAG